GUUACUUUUGUUUGGAUUUUGAAAUGUAUGGAAUACUUUUUGUCCACUGAAACAAUUGCCCUUUGCGUAUAUUGAGCAGACUCUCCAGCAACUGGUCACUUGUUCGACAGUAUCUGCUUUUAUAGUCGCCUGGAGGAAUUUACUUUCUUCGCUGCGCAUGGGACUUUUGUCCAGUUCUCUGCUGCUGACUGCCUCGACCUCACAAUGAACAGGUCAGGUGUAAAGUAUUCAAAAUUGAGAACGAGUGAAGAGCAGUACGAGCCAGGACAAUGGAAGAAGCCGCCCGUCAAAGUUCCCUGGGAGUCGAUAGCCCUGGCGGUGGUGCUGUUCCUUUUGGGCACAACAUUCUUGUCCUUAGCAAUAAUUCUUCGUGUCGGUGUCAUUCACAGUGAGUUCUGGGAGCAUUGCUAUCCGCUGUUCUUCCUGGGCUGCCUGCUGUUCAUCCCCGGUGCCUACCAUGUGCGGAUAGCAUACUAUGCUUACAAAGGAUACCAAGGAUUCUCCUAUGCCGAUAUCCCAUCCUAUGAUGAUUAGCGAUGAGUAGUGUGUUCAGAUAACAUCUUUUUUUCACUGAUUUUAUUUCCCCGACAUCUGUGUCUGAAGCCAUCGUCAUCUAUCUGUAAUAAUCCUGCACGGCUGGUGUCCGUCUAACUUCAUUCGGACAUUUCCUUUUUUUUGUUUCUCGUACCACUGCCGUGCUCCCAGGCCUGUGGUGUGUGCAUUUGAGAGAACUAGCUUGGAAGCGAUCAUUGUGUAUGUUGCUGUCAAGGAGAUGUCUUUUAUUGGACACUCAAUAUUAGUAGGUGAUGUAAGCAGGCCUGUAACGCUGUGCUGUUGUUUUUAAUCAGAUUCUUGAUUGACUCUUUUUUCCACUGUACCUGAACAUACUGCCAGUAUAGUUUUCAUAGUUUAUUUCCACAGCACACUACACAGCGCCUUGACUUGUUUGCCGCUGAUUUUUAUUAGAAUCUAUCUUAGAUGCAUUGACAUGCUUUGUAGAUGUGUCACCAUGUAGCGUUUGGCCUGUAGAAACCAGAGAGUGCAGUGCACUGUCCUGAUUCGUUUACAUACUGCUAUCAUAGUGUUCUGAUUACAUGUGUAGUUUGUUCUGUUGUUCUUCUUUUAAAAAUUACUUGGAGUCAUAGAUUAUAAUGCAACUUUUUUUUAAACUCAUUUCAUCCACGUAAUGGCCACGUUCUGGCUUCAUUGCGUCAUUUGUAUCCUUUUUUCGUAGUUGUGAGCGCUGUGCAUUUGCCAUGCUGUGCUGCUCUGGCUGCUGCCACCGUGUUGAACUGUAUAGAGGUGGCCGAGCAUCUACCCUUCUCUCCGGAUAAUUGUACUUCACAAUAAUGCUUGAUGGUGACGUACCGGCGUAAUCAUCAAGUCCCGUGUUAUGCAGUCGACUUGUUUCCCUGUG